AUGUCGGCCGACUUCUGGGCCGGGUACAUCAGCGGUGCCGUAGGGAUCCUGAUCGGCAACCCUCUGGAUCUGAUCAAAGUGCGUCUGCAAGCCAAGGACGCAAUCGGGGCGCAGACAGCCACUGCCUAUGCCCGCCAGUUCGAAGGCGCAUCGUCCCUGAUCACGGGUACAGCCGCCCCGGUGCUGGGCUACGGAGCACUUAACGCAUUGCUGUUCGUAUCAUACAACCGGAGCGAGGCGGCCAUCAACAAUGCCUUGUCGCUGUCGCCCAACCUGUGGACGACAUGGGUGGCCGGGGCCAUUGGCGGCCUGGCGACGUGGGUGGUGAGCACCCCCACCGAGCUCAUCAAAUGCCGCGCGCAGCUGUCGUCGCCGCCGCAAUCGAGCUGGGCCAUCACGAAGCAGAUCCUUCGCCGCGAGGGCGUAAGGGGCCUCUACUUUGGCGGCCUCGUCACCGCGCUGCGGGAUAGCAUCGGCUACGGCUUCUACUUCUGGUCGUAUGAGCUGAGCCAGCAGCUCAUGGUGAGCUCUACCAAAAAGGAGCCCUCGCUCGCGCAAGAUGCUGCCAAGGUCCUCCUGUGUGGAGGCCUGGCUGGCGUUGUGACAUGGGCGAGCAUCUUUCCCCUCGACGUCAUCAAGACUCGUGUACAGGCGCAGACACUAGACCCCGAGGCAAGGCCUUUGAUAGAGAACCCGAGGAAGCCAUAUAGACGGCUUGGCGCCGUAGAAAUAACGAAGGAGGCAUAUAAAGAGGGCGGGGCUCGGGUAUUUUUCAGGGGGUUAACCAUCUGUAGCAUCCGAGCCUUUGCUGUGAACGCGAUCCAGUGGGCUGUGUAUGAAUGGACGAUGUACGAGCUCGGGGAAAGGAAGCAGCGAACGAUACCAGAUCCGCUAUAG